AUGCAGAAUGGUAACGUCGCCCACAUGAAAGAAGAAAGCAAAAGACGUCCCGCUCCUUCUUCCGAAGAGAGCGCGCGGGCAAUGGAGGGGAGAUGGAGUAGUGAUUUGGAACAAGUGAUGGAGGACAAGUGCCGAUGCAUUGUUGAACGGGCGUUGCAGGAGCGAUGGCAGCUGCUGGAGGAGCGAUGGAAAAACUUAGAAGCAAUCAUGGAGGACAAGUGGAGAAGCAAGGAUUCCGCUAUAGAGCAGCGAUGGAGGAGUAUGGAGGCCGCGAUGGAAGAGAGAUGGAAAAGCCUGGAAUCGUCUCUGGAAGCAAAAUGGAGGUGCCUGGAAACGAAUAUGCACGAGCAAUGGAGGAGUAAGGAGUCUGUGGUAGAAGAACGAGUCAAGUGCUUAGAGAUCGCGUCGGAAGACAAAUGGAGAAGCAAGGACACUGCGUCAGACGUUCGGUGGAAGGGCGUGGAAACGGCAGUGGAGGAAAAACUGGAGAGCAAAGCAGCCUCAUUGGAAGAGCGAUUGGUGGGAAUUGGGAAGGGAAUGGAGGACCGGUGGAAAAACAAAGAAACGAUGUUGGACGAACGCUGGAAGAGCAAGGAGUCGUUGCUAGACGAGAGAUGGAGGAGCUUGGAGGCGUGUCUCCAGGACCAAUGGCGAAGCAAGGAGUCCGCCCUGGAGGAGCGGUGGCGAUCCUACGAAGCGGCCGCGGAGGACAAGUGGAGGAGCAAAGAAUCCUCGCUGGAGGAGCGCUGGACGAGCAAGGAGCGCGCGCUGGAGGAGCGCUGGAAGGCGCUGGAGGAGCAAGAGGACGAUCGGCGGAGGAGCGGCGCUUCGUGGAGGCAGUCGCUGGCGGCGUCGGAAGAAAGCGGGGGCGCGGCCCCUUGGAGGCAGUCGCUGGCGGCGGCGGCGGUGGAGGAGGGUUGA